AUGUACGACCCUUCAUCCGAUGGCGCCGAAGAAGACCUCCUACCCGCUGCUACUCUGCCAUUAUCUUCGUCGUGGUCACAGCAAAGUAGACAGGAGAUUAGAGAGAGUAGAGUCGAUGUCGGCGGUACAUCACGUCCUGUCCAGGACAUAAUUUCCGACAGCACUUCAGUAGAAAGCUGCUGCUUGUGCCCACCGUGGAGCCCAUCGUGGUGCCCUUCCUGGUGCAGCAAAAAUUCUACAAGUGCCCCAGAACCAAUAGAACUCGACACUUUAAAUGUUAUCGAUGAAGAGCCACAUUGGGCCUCAGAACAAUGUACUGCCCCACCUCCGACCCCAGUAGAAGAAUUUUCACAUGACUCAUCCCUACCACCUGGAUUAGAACAAUUCGUAUACAACUUGCCACACACGCAAGAUGAAAAAAUCGAAGUGUUGGUGAUGCCCUAUGAGGCACAUCAGGAUGGCCGCAAAAUGUUCAAAAGAAGGGGUGCAAUGUGUGCCAUCCACAUUGUAGAGGAGAACUGUACCUCGCGGGCUGCGUCAAUAGAUCAAACGCUUCCUACAACCGCCGAAAUUCAAUCAUCAAGGAACCGCAGACACAUUCGCAUGGGCAGGAUGAAUCCUUUAGAGGAUCAUGAACGUAAAAUCAUUAUAGAAUUUUGCCAUCUACUGGAAAAAUCUAAACAACUAUUCAAUGGUUUACGCGAGUUGCCACAAUAUGGUCACAAACAAUGGCACUCCUAUUUUGGAAAGACGUUUGAUGUGUACACGAAGCUGUGGAAGUUCCAACAGCAACAUAGAGGAAUUCUCGAUAGUAAAUAUGGACUAAAACGCUGGCAAAUUGGUGAAAUCGCUUCGAAAAUAGGACAACUUUACUAUCACUUCUACUUACGAACAAGUGAUACAGCUUACUUGAGCGAAGCUUUCUCCUUCUACUUCGCCAUUCGAGGCAGGAGCUACUACACUCAAGCCUCUAAAGAAGACAAAUGCGAACUGAUGGUAAAAAAACUUCGUUACUAUGCCCGAUUUAUCGUCGCAAGCCUUCUGCUCAAAAAAAUGAAACUAGUGCGGGACCUAUUAAAUGAGCUUGACAAACAAAUAAGCGAAUAUGGCAUCACUUAUGAGCCAGAUGAUCAAAAUGAAUGGAGGAUUGUUGCUGAUGAAGUUAGAAGCUUCAUUAAAGUGGAGCCAGUGGUGACUGUGUACCAUCCUCAAGAGUUCGUCGUAAUACUGUCCCAUCGACUUAGUCCUCAAACGACGCCACCAAUUGAGAGGACGACAGCGAUGACGUUAAUUCUUCAAGAAGUACUUAUUGUUGGAAGUAAUGCUACUCAGCUGAAGUUUUCUGAACUGACAAUGGACAUGUACAGAAUGAUGCAAACUCUUGAACGGGAGCCGAAUGGCGAGGCCCAGCACUUGUACGAUGAGUCGCCACGACAGCGUUGUGCGUCAACACCUAGUGCUUUCAACAACAAAGCAGGUGGCUACGACGUGGGAGGCCUGAUCACGACGUCCAAAAUCGACGUGCUUGGACGGGAAACGACGAUAAAAGAGGGAAAGUCAGCCCCUCCUAAGUAUAAAGAUUUACAGGUUCUCCAUCCAGGUGACCUGUAUCCAUUCACACGGCGACCUAUGGUCGUGAUCGUGGAUUCCGACAAUUCUUUCAUUUUCAACGACAUGCCCCGUCUUUUCGGGCAGCCGCUGAUUAUACUGAUGUCACCGAUGGAGCUACCUUCCAGUCUUUAUCCUGUACCUGGUGAGGCGAGGGUCGAGGGGAGCUUGUUCACUCUGUUCCUGCACUGCCCACUGUCAGCGCUGUGUCUCUGCUGCGACAUCAAGAAGAUGGGGUUAAUGAACUGGGAACGAGCACAGUCCUAUAUUGAUGCAUUCUUGAAGGAAGCAGGCGCGCUGGUAGCUCGCAGUCGUACCGAGUACGUGUUAUUCCUUGGUGAUGAUUUCUUGCGGUUGCUGAUUCUACGCUUCAUCUUCUGCGAGACGUUUCUGCGAAUGCAUCGGCUGUUCCGCGGUCGGGCGCAGCACACGCGCUGCAGCCCACCUCUGCCCAACGACAUCUAUGACCAUCCCACCCUCACACACAUCUUCAUGGAGCUAUUAGCACAUCUGCAGGUGCGAAGCCACUUCCACGAGCCAGCUGCCGCUGCCCAGGCUAGCAGGGAGUGAUAUGCGUCGAAAAGAGCUCGCAGUGUGUCGUUCGCCGCUCAAUAGCAAAUAGCUUUCUGUCCACGUCCCACUGCGGGUCGAGACAGAACAUAUAUAUAAAUAUGGCGGAAAUAGUGGUUCAUGGCAUUAACCACCUCUGUUGCGAGCGCGUGCUAGAAGAUUUUAGUUCCUUGUAUUGAGGCUCAAAUUACUUGCGCUCCUAAAAUUAAUCCAUAAUGAAAUAAUUGUUACUACAAUAUACUCAUAAUAAAUACAAAUACAAGAAGAAGCACGAAUGUAAAUAAGCACCCAUUUAUUAGGUAGAUCAAUUAUGAUUGAACUCUAUCUUUUCGACUACAUACAAGUAUUUUAUUAAAAUAC